CGAAGUGGUCAGCAGUCAAAGUUGUGAUUGCAGUUGGAGGCCGCGAGGUUAUCGGGGCGGGCCGUCGUUAUAUUCCCAACUGCUGCAAACUCUCACCCAUUCCCUUCCAUUAUUAUUCUUGUUUCAUACCUCACGCGUCUGAGGAUUCGAUAGCGGGAUCUCAUCUUCUGCCGCCUGCCGUCUCGCUCCGGCUCUGGCCGUUCUUCCUUUCUUAUUAUUCUCCUUCCUGACGGCGGAGGAAUCUUCACUGGCCGUUCAAAGAAUCGCCGGAGCUUUGUAUUGUUGCGCCAGCCCAGUUACCAUUAGCGCUCCUAUAUCUUGUGUUCAAUGGCUGAGCUUCCUUACUGGGCAAAGGUGAGGCCAGCGACUAUGGACAGCUAUGGAGCCGAGCUACAGCUCGGAAUUUGCAGAGUUGAAGAAGAUUUAGAAGCGAGAUCGCAAAAGGAAAUAAGCAGAGGGGAGGGGCCUGGUGUGCCUUUAGAUCUGCUCUCCUUGGCCCCUGCAAACCCUAACUCAGCGCCCCUGCCUAGCACCGUCUUCUCCUGGAUGAAAUCCUCUGGAAGGAGCGAGAGGCAGGGCAUUGACAUGAACCAGAUGCCCUCUCCCUCGGCCGGCGACUGCGAAUAUGACGAAGAGGCGGCCGUUUCCUCUCCUAAUAGCACCGUUUCGUCCUUUCACAUGGAGGAGGGAGGGCUUUGUUGCAGUGGCAACAACAAAAGGGAGAGCGACAGGGCGUCCUGGAGAGGCAGUGACGAAGAAGAAGGAGAUAACAGCAGGAAGAAGCUCCGCCUUUCCAAGGAUCAGUCGGCUCUCUUAGAAGAAAGCUUCAAAAAGCACAAUACACUCAAUCCGAAGCAAAAAAUUGCCCUGGCAAAGCAGCUCAACCUUCGUCCCCGGCAGGUUGAAGUCUGGUUCCAGAACAGAAGAGCAAGGACAAAGUUGAAGCAGACUGAAGUGGACUGCGAAUUUCUGAAGCGGUGCUGUGAAAAUCUGACGGAAGAAAACAGGCGGCUGCAGAAGGAAGUGCAGGAACUGCGAGCUUUGAAAGUUUCAACUCCUUUGUACAUGCAACUUCCAGCAGCCACUCUCACCAUGUGUCCUUCCUGCGAAAGAGUGGCUACAGCCACCACGCACAGAUCGCCAUGGCAGCCCAUGCCCAACGCUUCUGCCCGUCCUGUUCCGCCUCACGUUAGGUCUUAGCCAUAUGUAGAACAAAUGCAUGGCCUUAGGAAAUCCUCUAAUUUGUUCGAUCCGCCAUGAUAACAGUUAAGAUAGCUGAGAAAAUUCAAAGAUGAAAAUUAACAUCGUCUACAAAAUUACAGUGCUCAUAGAAAUCUUACACUCUCCGCUUAUGCAACGGAAUAGGAAAGGAAAGCCUUCAUUCCCUAGUAAUUUUGGGACCAUGGUAUACAUGAAGGAUCUUAAACAAGCAGUUUUAUGUAUCAUAAUUGUCUGAAAGCUUGAAUAUUGUCCCAAACGCAGAGCUCUUUUUCAUAUAA